GCGAAAGCCCAGGAGCGGCGCCCGCCGGAAGGGGCGGGGCGAUUGGCCAGGUUUCCUGGCGACUCGGCCGCUUGGGAUCUGUUUUCGUGGCUUCUAUCUUUUUCCUAUCUUGACGUGUGUGCCGGCCGGUCAUGCCUUGGCUGCUCUCAGCUCCCAAGAUGGUUCCUGCUAUAGCAAACGCUCGCGGCCUCUCAGGAUGCAUGUUGUGUUUACAACGAAGGUACUCCCUCCAGGCUGUCUCAGAGAGGAGGAUUCCAAACAGAUACCUAGGCCAGCCCAGCCCCUUUACACACCCACACCUUCUUAGACCAGGGGAGGUGACUCCAGGACUAUCUCAGGUAGAAUACGCACUUCGCCGACACAAACUGAUGUCUCUGAUCCACAAGGAAUUGCAAGGGCAGAGCGGGACUGACCAGACCAUAAUUGUGCUCUCCAACCCGACUUACUACAUGAGCAACGAUAUCCCCUACACUUUUCACCAGGAGAACAAUUUCCUGUACCUGUGUGGUUUCCAAGAGCCUGAUAGCAUUCUGGUCCUUCAGAGCCUCCCUGGCAAGGAGCUACCAUCACACAAAGCCAUGCUUUUUGUGCCUCGGAGAGACCCCAGUCGAGAACUUUGGGAUGGCCCACGAUCUGGCACUGACGGAGCAAUAGCUCUAACUGGAGUAGAUGAAGCCUAUACCCUAGAAGAAUUUCAACAUUUCAUACCAAAACUGAAAGCUGAGACAAACAUGGUUUGGUAUGACUGGAUGAGGCCCUCUCACACACAGCUUCACGCUGACUACAUGCAGCAUCUGAUUGAGGCCAAAGCCAGGAGCAAGAACAAGGUUCGGGGUGUCCAGCAGCUCGUACAGCGCCUCCGGCUGAUCAAAUCUCCUGCAGAAAUUGAACGAAUGCAGAUUGCUGGAAAGCUAACAUCACAGGCUUUCAUUGAGACCAUGUUUGCCAGUAAAGCCCCAGUGAACGAAGCCUUUCUUUAUGCUAAGUUUGAAUUUGAAUGCCGAGCUCGAGGUGCUGACAUCUUAGCCUACCCACCUGUGGUUGCUGGUGGUAACCGGUCUAACACUUUGCACUAUGUGAAGAAUAAUCAGCUCAUCAAGGAUGGAGAAAUGGUGCUUCUGGAUGGAGGUUGUGAGUCUUCCUGUUACGUCAGUGACAUCACCCGUACUUGGCCUGUCAGUGGGAGGUUCACUGCACCUCAGGCAGAACUCUAUGAAGCUGUUCUAGAGAUUCAGAAAGCUUGCCUGACCCUCUGCUCCCCUGGGACAAGCUUGGACAACAUAUAUAGCAUGAUGCUGAAAUUGAUAGGACAGAAGCUUAAAGAACUAGGGAUCAUGAAGAAUGUUAAAGAAAAUAAUGGCUUCAAGGCUGCUCGAAAAUACUGCCCUCAUCAUGUUGGCCAUUACCUUGGGAUGGAUGUGCAUGACACUCCAGAUAUGCCCCGUUCACUCCCUCUGCAGCCUGGGAUGGUAAUCACAAUUGAGCCAGGCAUUUAUAUUCCAGAGGAUGACAGAGAUGCCCCAGAGAAAUUUCGGGGUCUUGGUGUACGAAUUGAGGAUGAUAUAUUGGUGACCAGAGACUCACCUUUCAUCCUUUCUGCAGAUUGUCCCAAAGAGUUGAAUGACAUCAAACAGAUAUGCAGCAGGGCCUCUUGACCUUCAUCGCAGCCCACAUGCAUCUCAGAUCCACGAGGGUGUGCCCUGGCAUCUCUGCACAUGUGCUUUCUGUGUGUACACUUACACACGAGUUCCAUCUGGGAGGGUGCAGCAUCUCUAUGAAUGUAUAUCACAAUGUAUGUGGGAUUUAAGGAAAUAGAAAUCUGGAAAAAUGAAUUUUGAACAGUACGUUACUACAGCAUUAGUAACGUUAAUUCAGUAGAAUUAAUGACCUGAAUAAGUUUAAUUUUUCUUUUUUUUCUUUUCUUUUUUUUUUUUUUUUUUGUAGAGACUAGAGACAGAGUUUCACUUUAUCACCCUCAGUAGAGUGCCGUGGCAUCACACAGCUCACAGCAACCUCCAACUCCUGGGCCUAGGCGAUUCUCCUGCCUCAGCCUCCCGAGUAGCUGGGACUACAGGCGCCCGCCACAACGCCCGGCUAUUUUUUUGUUGCAGUUUGGCCAGGGCUGGGUUUGAACCCGCCACCCUCGGUAUAUGGGGCCGGCGCCCUGCUCACUGAGCCACAGGUGCCGCCCUUCUUUUUUUUUUUUUUUUUUUAGAGGCAGAAUCUCAUUUCGUUGCCCUCGGUAGAGUGCUAUGUAA